GGAACAACGUUUAUAAAGAUGCCAUAUCUUAAAUUAGUUUUUGGUGGACUUGUAGCAACAGUUAACUCAUGUUGAAUUGUGAAGAGCUUGGUAGUAACAGCGAUUACCUUUUAUCGAAGUGUAAUUCAUACUGCACGUGAUGUCUAGAAAACAGUUUUUUGUGUAUAUCAUUUCUUUAGCCUUGUACCUUUUUUUAUUAUUAUUAUUUUCAAUGUUGGGACCUGAUCCAAAUGUAACCAUUUGAAGAAAACAACAUGGCCCUUUUUUCACUAAUCUUCCUUUUUAUUUUACAACAGAAAGAGCUUUUAAAAGACUCUGCGCGAUUAGCUGUUUUUCUACAAGAGUGUCUUUCUUUGGGUAGUCUUCGGGGAUUUCGACACUUUGAGACAUUUGUUCGGGGAAGAGAAGAACUUGUAUUAUUUGUUUCCUCAAAGGACCAUAAAAGUGUAUUCUCUACCCUCAUGCCUUUGCCUAUCUUGGAAAGUCACUAUACAGGAAACCAAGUGUCGAAAUGGAAAUUACCCGAGCUGAUAAGUCCAAUGGAUAAAGAUUUACGACUGGAAAAAGAUCGAACUGUAUUUCUUAUAGCCGGUUAUGCAAAAUAUCGAUGUCCGUAUGUCUGGUUAAGAUCACAUCAUGAACAACUUAUUCAACCUGAUCACUUAGAAGACGAUAAUCCGCUUCAGCUAUCCAAGACAACAGAAUGGAAAAAUAACAGUAUAUACUAUUUGCCCAUAGACUUUUUUUUUCGUUUUAUUUAUUAUUUGUUCAUCAUUUUAGAUGUGUCGUUAUGGGAAAUUCUAUCUGAAAUACUAUCCAUGACAAUUCGUCCUGACAAUCCUUUUGAGCUAGACUUUGGCUAUAUUGACGCAUUGCCUUUAGAAGAAGCAGUAUUACUGACCGGUGGUUUGAUAGUAUUUUUGGAAAAUAUUUGGGUACAGGCCGAUCCUAACAUCACUUUUGUCGAUAAAGGUAAAGCUCGUAAAGAAAAAAAUAGAGUUCAUCUCAUAAAAAUAGAGCCUCUGAUCAAAUUUAACUGUCCUUUAGUGUAUGAUGACAUAAAAGUGCUACAAUCAAAGCAUCUAGACAACAUGUACAGAUAUAGCAUAAAAGUCAAAACAGAUGGCUCGCAUUAAAAAGCAGUGAAUUAAAAAUGAUGCUUCAAAUACGUAUUUUUUAUUUUUGCGGGGCCUGGACUCUUUAUGGUAGUACAUAUCAUUCUGUAAAUAAGUUUUACAAAACUUCAAGUUACGUCAG